UCUGGGGUUCUUGAAACCUUUUCUCUGCAUCAGCAGAGGUAAAAGGAGAUUAGAUGGGAGGACCGAAGCUGAAAUCUUCCUUCAAAUCCCUCCAAGAAGGCAUCACCAGCCUCAAACCAUUAGGUCCCCUCUGCAUCCAAGAGUCCAAGACCCACUCCUUCAGAGGAGCGGACCAGUACUCCAGCUUCAAUUACGUCUACUGCUCCCCUUCCACCUACUCUUCUUCUUCCUCCUCAUCAGGUCUCUCCAAGCUUCUCUUACGGCAACCCCACCUCGAGGAGGAUUUCCUCUCGAGUGCCCCCACCACCUCCACCAUGUCUUCCUUCUCUUCAACUGCGCAGCCCGAGGAGGAUCCAAACGGCCUCCCGAAGGGCCCGAUAAGCUCCACCAGGUUCUUCUUCACCCCCUGCACCACCAAAUCCAUAAUGGAGGAAGCGAAAGCCGAGACCGAUGUCCUAAAGAUGUCGCCUUUCGGUGAUCCAUGGGCGGAGACCGGGGUGGCGGCGGGGCCGUGGAUCGAGAAGGCCUCAUUCCAUGAGGAGAGUGUGGCGCUAGCCAUGGCGUCGGACGACCCGUACCAUGACUUCAGAGCGUCGAUGGCGGAGAUGGUGGAGGCGCACCAGCUGAGGGAGUGGCCUCGCCUCCACGAACUGUUGCAUUGCUAUCUGAGGCUGAACGAAGAGAAGACCCACGAGAUUAUACUGCUCGCAUUUGUCGAUUUGCUCAUGCACCUUGUGUCUCAGGAUAAAGAAGGCUUCUCUGCCUCCUUCCCCACUCAAUGCCACCCACAACAUGAGUGCUAGGAGUUCUUUUCUCUUUUUUUUUUUUCCCCUUCGUUUUCUUUUCCUUCUUCUUUACUGUUAUGUGAUAUGGUUUGAUGAUCAUGCCCCCGUUUUUUCUCCUUUCUUUGGUAUUUUUACUGGAAGGUAUGAAGUAAUUAAUGAGAGGUUAGAUUUCAGGUGUA